AUGGAGACUUCUAAUACGCCCGGCAUACAGCAGCGUCUUCCUUCCUGGUUGCGAUUCGGCACCCGAGCCGAGAAAGUGACCGAUGCCAAGCCCAAAGGUCCGAUGGGGCAAAAAAUCCAUCCAAAUGGCCCUCCACCCUUCCUUCCCCUUUACGAGGAUCUUCACGACACACCCUUCAAGCCAAUCCGCAGGCAAGAGGAACGAAGGGUUCUAGAGAGUGUUGAUGUCAUCAUGUCGCAAGUCCGCAAGGAGCUCGACGAAUUCGAUCCAGGCACACUCGAUCUAAUCGCCGUCGAGCACAACAUCCGCAGCUGCUGCAUUCUAAGAGCAACUUCCGCCUGCCGAGCACUAAGAUACGGUGACGACAUGGGAGAAAAUGAACAAAUGAAAAGGAAGACGAAAGAAUAUAUCAAGGCGGUAGUGGGUGUAGUUCAUGGGUCCAAGAACAAAGAGUUAGUUCGGCUUAUUAUGGAAAAAGCCGCCCUGGAGGCACUUUACUAUCGGAAAGCCUUGAAGCCAUGCGAUAUCAAGUUGGGGACUUACUUUGAAGAGGAUCCUUCUGAGUACCGGUAUAUCGGCCUUACCUAG